GAUCAAGGAUUGGGAUACGCACGCCGAUCUGUGCAGCUAGCAUCGGGUGGCUCGCCCGUUCGCCCGCUCGCCCGCUCGCUGGCCCCUGUCUGUCCUCCGCCCACCCAUCAUCCCCGCCCUUGAUGUGCCGCACCUUUAUGCGCAUGCCAAAGACACACUUGGCCGUUUAAGUCAGACAACAAGAUGGCCAAUGCCGCCAGAUCUGGGCCGGAUGGGUUCCGACCCCUCUUGGCCCUGGUCCUACCCGAGGACGAGGACCUCUUGGGACCCGAUGAAAUCCGAGAGGUUGAACUCUCCAGUGAUUCUGAAGACGACAACCUUGACCUCCUCAAUUCCUCUGAAGCACUGAUUCGCCGACAUCACCGCGGAAGCAGGCGAACCCAAAGUGAAAGCACCGAAGAGGAUCCGCUUUUGGGUCGAAGCGAGCCGUCUGAUCCCUAUUUUAUGGUGUAUUUCGUGUUCUACCUUCUCGGGAUGGGCACUCUCUUGCCAUGGAACUUUUUCAUCUCAGUCAGUUCUUUCUGGAACUACAAAUUCCGGGAAGUGACCAACACUAGCAGUUUGUGGGCCAUCCAAAAUGGGACUGAUCUGGAGAUUUCGUCCCAUCAAACGGCUCUCCAAGAAGAGUUCACGUCCUACCUCGCCAUCGCCAGCAAUAUCCCUAAUGCCAUGUUUGUCAUCCUCAACGCUCUCGUGGGACAGAAUUUUCAACUCAAGUAUCGAAUCUUCGUCUCCCUCGGUCUGGUCAUUGGCUUCUUUGGCAUUGUGCUCGUUUUCUCCGAGACAAAUUCGGAUGAUUGGCAGAAGGAGUUCAUGGUGCUGAUUUUGAUCCUUGUAGUGUUGAUCAACUGCUGCUCGGCCAUCUUUCAAGGGGGCGUUUUCGGCGUGGCUGGAAAGUUUCCACCUAAAUAUAUGGGAUCGAUCAUGGCCGGUCAAGCUAUGGGCGGUGUGUUCCCAGCCUUAGUGGACAUUGUGGUCAUCUCGGCCAAUGUUCAGGCCAAGGACACCGGGUUUGCUUGCUUUCUCAUAGCCACGUUGUGCCUGAUUGCUUCCUUUGUCAGUUUUGCUUGGGUCCGACGAACCAAGUUCUUCAAAUUCUACGCCGAAACACCCCUGAGCCUCAGUCGCCAGCCGGACCUCGACGUUCUAGUUCCUGUUACGCCCUCGAUUUUCACGGUGUUCACCAAGUCAUGGCAUUACUGUCUAGCCAUUUAUGUGACUUUCUCGACCACGUUGGCCGUAUUUCCAGCCAUUACGGUAUUGAUCCAAUCGAGGUUUAACGACCACGAUCCCACCUCCAAAUCAUGGGCUGAUCUGUACUUCACGCCUGUCACGUGCUUCCUACUGUUCAAUGUGGGCGACUAUUUGGGCAGGAUCCUAUCGAGCCGAUUGAAAUGGCCUGGUCCUAACCGAAGGGGAAAGCUGUUCCUUUUAAUGGCCUCGAUUCUUCGCAUUGGGUUUAUCCCGUUGUUCAUGUUCUGCAACGUGGCUCCAGAUCGGCGCUCUUUGCCAGUGGUGUUUCACAGUGAUAUGGUUUACGUGCUCUUCAUGGCCACAUUUGCCGUGUCAAAUGGCUACUUGGGAAAUAUCUGCAUGCUUCAUGGGCCCAAAUUGUUCCAUUCGAGUGAGCUGCAGGAAUCGGCCGCCAUGAUGUUGGUGGCGUGUCUGGUUUUGGGUACGAGCACUGGAUCUUUCUUGAGCUAUCCAAUUGUCAGCCUUAUUUGAUGGACGGGUCUGAAGUUGAGUAGGCAUUGACAUAUGUACAACAAUGCUUUAUUUAAUCCAUUUUCGUUUCUAUACAUUUUUUGACCGAUAUGUAUCAAUACUAUAUAUUUGCUUAGAUGAUAAUACAAGCUAUGGUAAAGUAAAA